UUGUAGAGCUAGGAUAUUCAAAGUGCUCCCAUCCUAUUUUUUUCCACCUAAUUGGGCCUUUCUCUUCUCUGUCCCCAUUAACUAGUCCUAAUUAUCUGUGUUUUUUUCCCACUUACAGAAGAGGAUGAGGCGUCGGGAUGGCGAGUCAUAUCCGGAGUUUUUCCCCCUUUCUUCUCACUCCAACUGAUGAGUGGACGAAGCAGACGACUCUCUCCCUCAUCGGAGACCUCAUCUGCUCGCGGGAGUCGGAUCUGUUGUGCUGGAGUCGAAGAGCUCGCCAGCGGUCAAAUCCAUGGUGCGGAUUCAGGGGCAGCGUGAGCAAGCCAGGCUAGCUCCCUGGUAGGCCCCCGUCCCUCUCGCCUCACUCUCUCUUCCUCCGUCCUAGCCUAAAUUGGGCGCAAGUGAUGCGGAUUGAGUGCAGCCGCACCCAACGGGCCUUUCACCUCAUUUGAAGAAAACAUAGCGAUUUUUAUCUUGGUUGGAUCAGUUCCUAUUUAUUUUUGAUUCCGUGAGAUUAUAUUUGAUUACGCAUCUUCUAUGACUUGAUUUCUUUUAAUCUUAUUCUUGGAUUCGAUUUCAGUUACCAUAAACAUGUUUCUAGGUCCGAUUUAUUUACAAGAUAGGAUUAUUUUGAGGGAAUUUGGGUUGCAUCUGUUUGUUUUUGUGUUCAUGCUUUCAAGUGACUUUUGAGGUGAGACGGCAUUGAGACACGUGCGGAGCAUUUGAGACAGGUGUGAAGGGCAACAACGUGCCAACGUGAGGGAAGCGGAGGCUCACACCGUGACGGAGGAAAGCGGACUAUCACGGACGAAGGCGUAAUGUGAAGAUCAGAAACAUAUGAAUUUUUUAAUUAGUUAAGACUAGAAAAAAAUACCCGUGCAUUGCAACGGGUGAAGGUUAUUUUAUUCUUAUUAUAUUAUACGGUUUAGUUAAGAUGAAAUUCACUUUGGGAAUUCGCUUUAAUAUAUAACUUUUUAGAAAAUCGUGAACUACAAUUAAGAGUCCGAUCGUCUCAAGUUAGCGUGCGAGUUUUUUUUAUAAGAGAUUUCUUAUACGACUCCUUUUGUAUUUUCAAAAGCGAACGAACUUAAAAACCGACUCAUACACAGAUGACGUACCAAAGUACUAGCAAAAAAUAUUUUUAAUUUUUAUAAUAGUAGAGAUUAGAUAAAGAUAUUUGUAAAUUUCUACUCUACGGGCCUAUUUGGUUCUCUACCCUACCUAUUUAUUGGUAGUGCCAAAAUCUAGGCAAAUUUUGGCACUGCCAAUUUUUUGGUAGGGAAAAGUUAAUUAGACUACUUUUGGUUUAAUACCAAUAUGGAGCCAAAUUUUAAUAGUAUGGUGAAGAAUAUUCUAGAAUAUGUCCAAAUUGAGUAUGGGCACUAUCAAUUGUUUGGCUUCAAACCAAACUAGCAUAUUUACUAUUUAAAUUACCAAAAUUUUGGUAGGGCACAGUUUUGGCUUCAAUCCAAAACGGUCCUACAUUCGGUCUCAAAACUGACAUAAGUGGCGACGUCUGGGCGUAAUUUGAAUGGAAAUUUGAACUAAUAUGGCCCAUAUACUUACAUGGAUGGGCCAGAAUUUCAGCCCAACCCAAACGAGACGUUGCUGGCCUCCGUUCAGCAUGGAGUAGUUGCCGCCUCCUUAUGCUCGGUUUGUUGUUUAAACUUUAAAUUUGAAUUCUGCGGAAACCAAGAACACCAUUUCAGCCAUCUUCUUCCUUCGAGAGACGUUGAAAUCGAAGAAUGGAGGUUGGAGGUUACUGAGACCUAGUUCGACGAGGAGGUGAAGGCAACCUGUUCGACGGAAUGCGCCGGGGGAAAGCCGCUCUCUGGCGGCCGCGCCAUGGCGAGGGCGAGACGUCCCGGCGUGGAGGCGACGGCGAUGGAGAAGCGGCCGACCGCCUCAGCGCCCUCCCGGACGGGGUGCUGCACCACGUGAUGUCGUUCCUCAAGGCGUGGGAGGUGGUGCGCACCUGCGUGCUCUCCCGGCGGUGGCGCAACCUCUGGGCGUCCGCGCCCUGCGUCGACCUCCGCAUCCGGUACUUCCGCCUCGACAGCGAGCCGCCGGAGGAGCCGCGCGAUUUCGUGAACCGCCUCUUCCGCCGCCGGGAGGCGUCGGCGCCGGUGGACACGCUCCGCCUGCAGUUGAGCGACCCGGACAAUUUGUUUGACAACGACGAUGCCAAUGCGUGGAUCCGGACUGCCAUCAAGCGCAAUGCUCGAUUCAUUCAUCUCACUGGGCACCGCAAAGAGAUCGGGGUGUUAAAGCACAGGGCCUUGGUCUCUACCCACCUCAAGAUCUUGAAGCUGUCCUAUGUCCUGAUCGAUGACAAGAUCCUCAAGCAGCUUUCUUCAGGGUGCAAAUCUUUGGAAGAACUGGAUCUUAAGGACUGCGUGAUGACCGGCCAUCAGAUCUCCUCUGCUUCUUUGAAGACUUUGAAGAUGGAUAGGUGCAAGAUCAAUGUGGACCUCUCUAUCACUGCUCCAAACCUUGUUUUUCUGAACAUAGUCACACCUUACAUCCGAGUUCCAUCGUUCAAGAACUUGGAGUCGCUGGUGACAUGCUCUAUCAUACUUGAUGACCUUUUCUUGGGUGAUGAUUAUCAGCACAUUAGUGAUGAAGAUGACAUUGAUGAAACCACUGAUGAUGAUGAUUUUGGUUAUCAGAAGAAUGAUAAGGCAGGGUAUAGGAUUAAUUACGCUAAAAAAGGAUUUGUGUUUGGUGGAAACGAGGAUGGUUAUGGCUAUGGUAGUGAUAUUGAGAGUGAUGACAACACCUAUGAAUAUAGUGAGAUUGCAAAUGAGUGUGGUGAGCUUCAGUAUGGUAACAAUGGUGAUGGUCAUAAUUCCAGUAAAGAUGGCGAAUAUGACAAUGCUGAAACAUUUGGUGGCCAAAAUGUGAUUCACAGCCUUUCAAAUGUUAGAAGUUUGGAACUCUUAGCUGGUGCUGGAGAGGUGGUUCUUUCUAGGGAAUUGAAAAGCUGCCCAAUUUUUAUCAACUUGAAGACCCUGUCCCUUGGUGAAUGGUGUAUGGAUGCUGAAUUCGAUGCAUUAGUUUUCUUGCUACAGCGUUCACCUAAUUUGGAGAGGCUUUUUCUUGAACCUCAGUUGAACUUCAAUACUAGGAAGGCAUUGGAAAGUGGUGUUAAACCUACGGGAAGAUCAUUUACUUGUAAAGACCUGCAAAUGGUGAAGAUCAGAUGCUCGAAGGACGAUGCGAGAGUCCAUAUGCUGGCACAUUUGUUCAGGGCUAAUGGCAUACCCUUUGAUAAGAUUUAUGUCCAUCGGUCUGGGAGCUCUCGUCUCCGCAGCGAGAAGGUGAUGAGAGAUCUAGCCAAGCAAGAACUGGAGUUCUGGGGGUCAGAUGAGUUCUGGGGUUCAGAUUAUGAGUACUGUGGUCCAGAUCCGGAGUUCGGGGAUUCGGAUUUGGAAUUCUGAUGCAACGUCAGAUCAUCUAUCGUUCAUCAUAUCUUCUAUCGUAUUUAGUUCUUAUGUUCGGAUUGCAAUCGUCUUCUAUAUGUACUUAGAAAGAAUCUGACGGCACGACGCAUUAAGCACGCAUAGCAGGGCCGUGACAGAUCGGUUAUUCCUCUUUGGGGUAAUAUUGAAUGAACUAUGUAUGGCUAUCCAAAUACUGAAAUGCUCUUAUCCAGUGGAAUGAGUUAACAUUCAAAUGUUUUGGAGUUUGUUUAUAUACCUUAAACGUACAAAUGUUCUUUGCUUGAA